AUGUUGGCUUAUGAACCCAGAAAAGCAGUGAGUGGAGGUCCUUUGCCAUUACCAAGGAGGUUACGAACUGAACUUCUGUUAGUAGGCAAAGCUUCGGAGCGGAGAAUAACUCAGUUAGCUUCUUAUUACAUUAUUUUUAUGAUAGCCGAUGUUGUAUCCAUCCACGAUGUUGUCAAUUAUGUGCUAAACAUAACAACGUGCUGCACUCCAGAAGGCAGACGAGACUAUGAGUGCACCCCAAUCAAGAUACCCGUACAUGAUCCCGUGCACAGAUAUUCUGGCGUCAAUUGCAUGAACCUGACUAGACCUCAGAGCUACCAGACGUACAGGUGUCUGGACAACGGAACCACUUUUGAGAGAAUAGUAUUCCAGACACCAGUAUUUGAUUUAUCAAACACAUACAACAUAAUGCCAGGGUUCAUUGAUCAUCUUAGAACAUACGAAAAUGGACUAAUGAUAGAAGAAGAAGAGGAUGGUCAACUAUUUCCACCUUCUGACCCAAACUCUCACAUGUGUAUAUUGAAUCAACCUCCAAGGGAAACUCGCUGUUUCAUGUACCAAUUAAACAACGUGAUGAGUUCCAGUAUUAUUAACAUCUUGUUCUAUAGGCAACAUAAUCAGAUAGCUCGUGAGCUGCAUAGACUUAACCCGAGGUGGGGUGACGAGCGCCUGUUUUACACCGCGAGAGACAUCAACAUGGCUAUAUCAGUGCAAAUAUUCUUCUAUGAACUCCUCCCUAUUUUAUUCGGAAAAAAGAAUAUGAUCAGAGAUGGCAUUAUCGGUCAUGGAGGAUUCAGGGACUUGUACGAUGAAAGUGUGGAACCGAGGAUGUCAGACGAAUACAUCUAUGGGAUGAGAUGGUUCCAUUUGAUACAGAAAACUGACUUGAAAUUAUACGACAAAGAGGGCCACUACGUUAGAUCAUUUCCUUUAGUCAACGGUACUACUCGAACAGGAUUCUUCGCCGUUGACAACAACAUGCAGCAUAUUGUACAAGGCAGUUUCAGACAGCUGGGUGGAAGGUUUGAUCAGGCCAUUGAUUACGAUAUGGCUGACAGAGUUUUCGGGGGAAUAUUCUUUUCCGCUGACGUAGCAGCAAGUGAUUUAAAAAAAGGAAGAUACUUUGGACUGCAGCCGUAUGUGAACUAUAAAGAAUUCUGUACCAAUAAAAAAUAUACGAGUUUUGAAGACUUAAAAGACAGUUUCAGUUUUGAGAGACUCGACCGUUUAAUGGAAAUGUAUAAGGAUCCGAAGGACAUUGAUCUGAUGGCUGGUUUGUGGGGCGAGAAUCCCAUAAAAGGUGGUAAAAUUCCAUCAACCCUGUACUGUUUGUUCGCGGAACAACUGAAGCGGACUCUUAAAUCUGACAGACAUUGGUAUGAAAGACCUAACCGACCUCAUGCUUUUACUGAAGAUCAAUUAAAAGCGAUUCGGAAAGUUACCAUAGCGGGUGUGUUGUGUUCCAUUGGUGACCUCGUAUCAGAAAUACAACCACAUGCAUUUUGUUCUAUAUCUUCAGACAAUCCUUUGACAAAGUGCAGUUCAUCGAAAAUAGGGAAGUUAGACCUGACGCCAUGGAAAGAGCACUCAUGCGAGUAAACAUCGAACUUAAAUUAAUAUUUUUGUCAAUUAAUAAUUAUGUUUUACAGCUUACUCACGUAACUGUUUGACGAGAAACUCGACUAGUUUCAAGCCAUCCUAGGGGCUCAUACUAUUUAUUUGCAGCAUUCCGCGACAUACUAUACGAUAUGACCCUCUAGUAUGGCUUGAAACUAGUCGAGUUCCUCGUCUA